AAUCUGAUAAUGCAGAUGCAGCAACAACUUCACCUGUAGGAGAAGACACACAGCAGGAUGCCACACCCGAAGAAGAGCCACAUUCCACAUCUCCAUCUAGUCCUGAAGAUGAUGUGGUCAUAUCUCCAAUUAAAAGAUUUUUUACAACCGGAAUCUUUUCUGGACUACGUAAGAAAAAGAAACAUGCAGAAGAUGAGACAACUGAGAAAGAAUUUGUGGACAUGGCAGAAGUCGUACAGAUGACAGAACAAACUGUACAAGACCAACAACACAACAAAGAGGAGAUUAGUCAAGGUGUUGAGGCAGCUGCCGUUGAGACAGAACAUAAAGAAAAUGAGCUUAAAAAGGAGAUCCUGUAUGCAGCAUCAGCUCAGACGACGGAUGAAGAGAAAUCACCUACCAAGGAUCCAUCAACCAUUAUUAUCAAUGAGUCUGAAAUUCUGAGUUCUCAAGAGAAGGACAAAGUUCAUGCAAGUCCUCUAAAAAGGCUGCUGUCAGGGUCUAGUUUAAAGAAACUCUCAAAAAUGCAACGAAGCAGGAAGUCAAGUGAUGCAAAGCUGUCUGACUCUGGAGAACAUGUUUCAGAUCAGCUCAUAUCAUCAACUGAGUCAGCUGAGAAUCAGAAAGAAGGUCCUGCACAACCCUCUGUAGAGGCAGCAGGAGAGGAAGAUAGUCCAUGGGCUUCCUUCAAAAAACUUGUGACUCCAAAAAAGCGCAUGAAGAGACCCUCCGUGAGCAAUGAAGAGACACAAAUCCCGGGUUCACUGGAAGAACCAAAACCAAGUGAAGGAGAGCAAAUUUCAGAUCACAGCACAGAAGAAGGCAAAAAAAGAAAAGACUCAUCUGUUUCAUGGGAAGCUGUUUUAUGUGGAUCUGGAAGGAGAAGAAGCCGAAAAACGUCAGACUCUGAGGAUGAAACACCUCAAAUCGAUAACAAUGAUAAUAAGAAAGAUGGUGGAUCUAAACAUGGUGCAGAAUUGCUCCUAGAAAGUUCUUAUGAGACUGACAGUGACAUUUUAGCCUCUUCCCCCAGACAAGCAGGAAGUUCUUCAGAGGGUGACGGAGGGUCAACAUGGAAAUCAUUGAAAAGACUUGUCACCCCAAAAAGGAAAGCCAAGGAUGAGAACGAAAGCAAAGACAAUGAACAAUCUGAUAGUGAAGUUACUCACGAUGAGUCCUUCUCAAUAAAGAAACUCCUACCGGGACGAAGGAAGAGGAAGUCUGCCGAAAAGCAAGACCAAGUAUCUUCAGAUGAGGCUGAAAAGGAUGUAGCUUCAGAUGAUGAAGACUCUGACACACCAGCUGUGGUUCCAUUAUCUGAGUUUGAUACAGUUGAGACAGAGGUUCACAUACAAAUAUGGGCAGAUGUAGAAAGUCAUUUACCCGAGGAAGCAGACAAUGAACUCCAGCAAGACCUCCUUGAUAAGAUGACUGAACCAGUCCUGCCUUGUGACAGUCUGCAAACUGAAGCAAAGCAAGUCCAAGACAAUGAUGCUUUAGAGAAACUGGCAUCUACAACCGUUGUUGUAAAGGAAGAACCUGAUGAUCUAACAGAAUCAGUCAGUAAUCAUCAACAACUCAGUGACAUUCCAGAGGAGGGCAUAAUUACAGAGACCAUGGUCACUCCAGCUUCAGUCACCGAGGAGGCAGCUAGAGAUGACACUUUAGCAGAGGACCUGAUAGAGAUCACAUCUGAGGCCAUUACUGCACCAGAGCCUGCCUCAGACAUUACCUUGGCAGAUGAAACUGAGAUGAUCUCCGCAGUUUCCCAGUUAUCUUCAGAGUCGUCAAAAACAUCCGGCAACACAACACCAGUCCCAGCACAAUAUGACGCUAUGGAAACAGAUGUGAUCCUGCAUCAGGUUGUUGAAACCAUCUCCAUAAGCGCAAAGGCAGUCCCAGUUUGUUCUGUCUCACAUCAGAUACUCGAAACAUUUGAAAAAGAGCCAACAAUUUUGGAAAUACACAGAAGAUUAGAUGCAAGUGCCAUUAACACAGGUCUAAAUGUUGAAGAAUUUGAUGCAAUUAAUGAACUUACAGCUCAAACCGAGAGCAUAUCUGAAGUCAAUUACUCUGUUUCCACAGAGAUUGUAUCUGAGGUUCAUACUGAGGAGUUUGAUACUGCUGAAAUUGCAGUAGAUGAAGUACAUUUUACAGAUCCAGAAGAAAGUACUGGUGAGAGCUAUGAUAAGGAGAAAUGCCUAUCUGAGUUAAAUGCGUCUGUGUCGACAGAUACAUUACCUGAAGGUGAAGAAAUGGUCCUGGAUGAAGGUUCUCUAGUUGAUGCACAUCAAGCUGAAACAGAACCCGCAAAAAUUUACUCUCAAGAAACAGGUUCACCUGCUACAGUAUCAGACGAAACUAAGGAUGGGGCCAAGGAGCAGGAAGUCCUAACUCUGACAGAAAAGGAAGAUCAGAUCAUGCAAAAUAUCACUGGUCAAAUUCAACUUGAGGAUAAAGAUCAGCCACCAUUAGAGGCGGAGGAGUUGCAAGAAUUAGCAGCUGUACAAGCUGCCACAUUAGAUUCAGAGGAGCGUAGUGUUCAAUUGCUUGAAAAGGAAGUAAUAUCAGAGGACAUACGAGCAGCCAAAACAGUUACAUAUGAACCCAAAGAGGAAACAGUGCCUCUAAAUGAAGUCAAUAUUGAUCCAGAAAAGAAAGAUGAACUAGAAACAGAUGCUGCCAAAAAUAAUCAUGUUCAAGAAGCAGAAGCAUUAGCUUGUAGUGUCCAAUCACAAGAAGAGGAAGUAAAUUCAGAAGACAUUCCAACAGCAAAAACAGUCAUAGAUGAACCCAAACAGACAGCAGAGCAUCUCCCAGAAGUCAGUGCUGAACCAGAAAACAAAGAACUACCAGUGAAUGCUGUCAAAACAGAACAUCAGAAUGUUCAAAAACCAGAAAUAUUAGAUGCUGUUCAAACACCCACAUUAAAUUCAGAGGAUGGCAGUGUUCAAUCACUUGAAAAAGAGGUAAAUUCAGAGGAUGUUCCCAAGGCAAAAACAGUUACAGAUGAACUCAAAGAGGAGACAAUACCACUCAUUGAAGUCAAUCUUGAGCAAGUGGACGCUUCCAACACUGAACAUGUUCAUCCAGCAUUAAAAGCUGUACAAUCAACCACAUUAGAUUUAGGGGCUGGUAGCCUUCUAUCAAUUGAAAACGAAGAAAUGUCAGAGGAUAUUCUAGUAGUGGAAACAGUUACAGAUGAACCAAAGCAGGAAAUUGAAGUGAGGUUUGAGCCAAAAGAAAAAGCUGCCAAAACUGAAAAUGUUCAAGAACCUGACGUAUUACCACCUGAUGUAAAACAUAUUGUACCUGAAAACAAAACCGAGGAAGGGGCAUCAAUGUAUGUACAUGGACUCACACAAAGUACAGUGGGAGGCAGUACUCAGGAACUUGAAAAGUUUGUAUUGUUAGAAGAUAUUUCCAAACCAGAAGAUGACAUUGUAAUUGAGAGUGAAGUUGUGGCACAACUGAGUCAAUCUUUAGAGAUAACAGAGGAUCAGAGGAGUAUACCACAAGAUGCUGAGCAGGAAGAAUGCAUCCCUGAAGUUGUAGACACGUUACAAACAUUAACAGCAGUUCAGUUAUCCUCCGUAAAUGAGGAGGCAAGUAAUGUUCAGGUCCUAGAAAAGACUGUCAUUUCUGAAGAAACCACAGUACCUUGUUUAGACAAUGCUGCAGUUACAGAUGAACACAAACAUGAAGUCCGUCUCAGUGUAGUCCAAGUCAGUGUUGAGGGAGAAAAAGAAAGUGAAUAUCCAAGCAUUGAGAUCCCAAAACAAGAAACUGAAUUGAUGAUUGAGCUGGAAGAAAAAGUACCAGUGGAAGCUGCCAAAGGUGAACAUGUUCAAGAACUACAAAUAUUGCCAUCUGAAGUACAAGAUAUUGUAACUGAAACUAAAAGUGAGGAAGGGGCAUCUAUGUACAUGCAUGUAGUCACAGAAAGUACUGAGGGAGGCAGUGCUCAGGAACUUGAAAAGUUUGUAUUGUUAGAAGAUGUUCCCACACCAGACGCGGACAAUGUCAUUAUUUUAGUUACAGAUGAAACUGAGAGUGAAGUUGUGUCACAACUGGAUCAGCCUUUAGAGAUAUCAAGGGAGCAGAAAACAGAGAGUAUCCCAAAAGAUGUUGAACAGAAAGACUGUAUCCCUGAAGAUGUAGACGAGUUACAAACAAUAACAGCAGUUCAGUUAUCCUGCGUAAAUGAGGAGGCAAGUAAUGUUCAGGUCCUAGAAAAGACUGUCAUUUCUGAAGAAACCGCAGUACCUUGUUUAGACAAUGCUGUAGUUAUAGAUGAACACAAACAUGAAGUCCAUCUCAGUGUAGUGCACGUCAGUGUUGAGAGAGAAAAAGGAAGUGAACUUAAAAGCAUUGAUAUCCCAAAACAGGAAAUUGAAGCGAGGGUUGAGCCAGAAGAAAAAGUACCAGUGGAAGAUGCCAAAACUGAACAUGUUCAAGAACUACAUGUAUUGCCAUCUGAAGUACAAGAUAUUGUAACUGAAACUAAAAGUGAGGAAGGGGCAUCAAUGUACAUGCAUGUAGUCACAGAAAGUACUGAGGGAGGCAGUGCUCAGGAACUUGAAAAGUUUGUAUUGUUAGAAGAUGUUCCCACACCAGACGCUGACAAUGUCAUUACUUCAGUUAAAGAUAAAACUGAGAGUGAAGUUGUGUCACAACUUGAUCAGCCUUUAGAGAUAUCAGGGGAGCAGAAAACUGAGAGUAUCCCACAAGAAGUUGAGCAGGAAAACUGCAUCCCUGAAGAUGUAGAUGAGUUACAAACAUUACCAGCAGUUAAUUUAUCUUCUAUAAAUGAGGCGGCUAGCAAUGUUCAGGUCUUAGAAAAUACUGACAAUGACAAUGCUGCAGUUACAGAUGAACACAAAUAUGAAGACCAUGAAAGUGAACUUCCAAGUACUGAGAUAAAGACUGUUGCAAUUGAGCAUGCCGUAGUGGCACAAGUAGUCACAUGCAAUCUCAAGGAGGUGUCGGUUGCAAUACCUGAUGUUUUGAUAGAGAAAACAUCAGACAUUAUUGAACCCUUGAUGGAUAGAAUGGCAAGUGAGCAAGUAUUCAGGGAGGAAGUUGAGAGCGCCACACCAUUAGUGAAAGAUGAGGAAGGCAGUCUUGAAACAGUUGUGGAGUCACUGCUAGAGGUAGGGGUAACAGAAGCCAAAGAAGUCAUUGAUGUUUGUCAUGAAACAGUUAAAAGGGUAGAAAUUGUCUCCAUAACUCCAGAGAUUGAAGAGGGAUUAAUUAAUGAGGAAAAGCAUGUGACCAUUCAAGAAGUUUUUCAACAUAUAAAGGAGAACUUACCAGAGACAGUACCUCAAUCAGUGGUUGUCAGCUUUGAACAAGAAGUCAAACAACAUCCAGAUGCCAUGACAGAAGUGAGUGAAUUGGUUGAAAGUGAAUCAAAUGAAAUGAAGGAUCAAGAAGCAAUGAAGAGUAGUAUUGGAACAUUGAGGGGAAGACAAGAAGCACCCACUGUCAUGAAUGAUGAGUUUGCAACUGAACAAGUGUCAGAUGAUUGCAUGCAAACAUCUGAUAUUCCAGGAAGUUUAGAUGUCUCCAUUCAUGGUCACAAAGAAGAUUUGGAUGUAACUAAAGCUGAAUGGGAACAAUCAGAAGCAGGCGUCACAGCAAAUGAGGUCAAACCACCAACAGAGGAAUUAGACGUGAAAACAAAUUCUGAACAAGCACCAACUCCACAAAUUGCUCAAAGUCUGAUUGUAACACCUAGUAACACGGGAUUAGUAAUACCCCAAAACACUGGAAUAAUCUCGUCAAUAGGUAAUGUGGAGUCCCCUUCAAGUCUUUCUUUAGAAUUCAAACUUAACAUACAGUUUGGGCAAGCAAAGGCACCAGCUUUCUCAUCAACAACAACAGAGAGAACGGAACCUGUGAAACAGAUGUCUGAGGUCGGAGUUCAGGCAGUAGAGGCCGUUAAACCAAUAAAUUUAACACAAAGAGAUGAGAGCCAGAAACAGACAGAGCUAACUGAGGUUGCUGUUCAGGUAAUCACAGAACCAGCGACACACUUAGAUUCAACAGAAAGACCCGUAAUCACGUCUCAACCUGUACUGCUGGAUAUCGGCAUCCAAGCGAUGGAAAAAGUAGGAUCCGAAGAACAAAUCAAAUCAACAGAUACAGAAACCUCCAGUGUCCAGGCAACAGAAACAUUACAGGCAGUAGGGCAAACAGAGAAAAUAGAAGUGUUCUUGAGUCAGCCAGUACUCUCUGAAGGUUGUAACCAAGAAACAAAAGCAGAGGAGCCUGUUAAACAAGAGGAGGAAAAUGACCAGGAUGUGUGGAUGGAUGCUGAGGAAGUCAUUUAUACUCAAAAGGAAACAGAGGUGUCCCUUUUUGAGGUGGAGGAAUCUCCAGGGCCUCAGGCAGAAAGUAACACAGAGGAAAAAGCAAGACUUCAACACGAGGUUGAAAUGGCUUCUUAUUCCAAGACUGAAGAAGAUGGAAGUCAACAAGAAAUGCACAGAACAGGAGGAAUGUGUGAAAUUGAGAGUGACGGUGAAGAUUUUGCUGUUGCACUUGAGCAUCCUGAAACGGCAACUGCAAGCAUCACUACGAUGGAGUGGGAUUAAUUUCAUUCACUGUCACUGACCGGUGGGACAAUCAAAAAGGACCGGUAGAGGAAAACUACAGGAAACAGAAUUUUGCUACUUUAUUUUGAAAUUAUGUUCAGCCAAAUAUAAACCAACAUUUAUUGGUAAACCUUGUGAUUGUGAAGAUUAUUUUAUUAAUAGCAUAAGGUGUGUGGUCAGAGAGAUCUGGCAAGAGAAGCAUCAAGCGGAAAAGUACUUAUCUUCUCAGGUGGUAUGAAGUAUGAUUCUAGACAGUAAAAUACUAAUUUUAAUAAAUCGAAUGAAUUCUUUGCUAUAGAGUGCAAUAUAUCACCUAUCAUGUAAAGUAUUUUCAAUCAUAAAUCAUAUUUUUGCAAAGAUCUAUAUCGAUCAAUUUUUUAAUUUGAAUAUAUAUGUAUGAGGAGAAUAAGACAUCAUUUUCAUUUCAUUUGAGUUGAAAAAAAAUUAGCUUUUUAUUUUUUUUUUUUUUUAAGUAACAUAAAUUCAUAAUGUAUGUGACCCAGACACAGGACAUAUGUUCAUUUCUCUCUCAAGGAUGCUACUAUUAUAUUAGUAUAUGUAGAUAUUUCACAGCCUUUACUAUAUUUCUGUGUUCGUAAGUCAUUUUGUCAUUCAGAUUGUGUUUCAUAAUUUCACUUAAAUAUAUGUUCCCAUGGGAUCUAUGCAGUAUGUAUAAACAAUAGGCAGACCUGAGCAUACUAGUAUUACUGUAUAUUACAAAUGUUUUAAUGCUCAUACAGGCAGAAAUGCACUCAUUUUGAAUCUACAAGAAUUUCUACUGUGACAAGUUUUAAAAUACGAGCAUGAUGAGAGCAUGGCACAUGUAUGGAAAAUUUUGUAUUUCACAAAUUGAAAUUGAAUAUAAUAGAUUAAAUUUGUAUUAUUACAGUUUCAGAGGAAUUCCAGAUUUAGUUUUCAAAUACAGUUUCAACUCUGAAGCAUUCAUCCGGGGGACUCCUUACUAGAAUACGAGAGCUCCAAUUCAAUCCAACACCUUUCAAAGGACUUCUUUGGACCGCAAAUUCAAAACUAUUAAAUUCAGAUUCAAUUUGUGCUGGCACUAAAAUAACUCCAUACACAUCAUGGUUAAAAAAGUAAUCAUUUACACAUUAUUGAUUUGAAGUUAAAUGAAUCUUCACAUAAGUAUCCAUCAAUAUAAUUAUAAUCAGCAGAGCCUUAAAAUUUAACAAUCAUGGCAGCUUUACUUUACGAGUUUUAAUUUCCCAGCUGUUUGUGUGUAAGCUUAUAGUAUCAUAUCUUAUUAUUAUUAUAUCAAUCAUACCAUAGGUUCAGUAAGUGUGUGGUAAGGAUGAGAGAAAAAAUUGGUCAAGACAACCUUUUGUGUCAGCCAUUUUUCCUCUCUGGAUUUUUCUUCCACAUAUACUAACUUUUAUGGAAAAUUCUUGCUGAUCUGAUAUGCGUUUAUGUUCACUAAUGACUAAAUGUAAAACAUAAACCUGUGUUUAUAUAUUUACAUACAU